AUGAACAAAGUUGCUGUGAUGAAGUCUGACACUCUGCUUCAUUUGGAGGACGACAUGAGAGCAGAGGAGAGGAGCAGGUUGAGCUGUGUAGACUUACCUCAGACCAGUUUAACAGACGGACAGAACACAGACCUGCUGCAAUGCCAGGACACCACUGACACCGGAUCUACUAUCAAGUACAGGAGAUAUGGGUCUCGUCUGGGUGGGGUCAAAGUUCGCCACAAGAGACAGGUGCUGCAGGACAUGGCCCGACCCCUGAAACAUUGGCUGUACAAACACCGAGACAACCCUUACCCCACCAAGACUGAGAAGGUCCUGCUGGCGCUGGGCUCACACAUGACAUUAGUGCAGGUUUCCAACUGGUUUGCAAAUGCCCGAAGGAGGCUGAAAAACACAGUGAGACAGCCGGACCUGAGCUGGGCCCUGAGGAUCAAACUUUAUAAUAAAUACAUCCAAGGAAACGCUGAAAGGUUGAGCGUAUGCAGCGAUGACACCGACUCUGAUGACGAAGAUUGUCCCUUACAGACUCCUAUCAGCCAGUCAAACUUUGGCAGGUCAUCUUCCCACAAGAGCGUGCUGGAGAAGCAGGGAGGUGUCCUUGCCGUAGCUGACUCUGCCAACAGUGACGACAGCACGUCACCUCCAUCCAAAUACAAGAGCAGUUUACUGAAUCGGUAUCUGAACGACACCCUGCGGCACAUGAUGGCCGCAAAGGGUGAAGGCGUCACGUCGUCCCGCAAGAGGAGGAGUCACUCUGAGUCGUUCAGCUCCAACGAGUGUGAUCGAGAUGUUGUCUCUCCGGCAUCGUCCUACGAAACAGAGACCAACUUCGUCUACCACAUGGAUACAGUGGACUAUACGUCAACUAAAUGUGGCAGGGACCAGCAGCAGGACCGAGGCCAGCAGAGACGGGACGACCAAGGCUGGAGGGAGAUCCACGCUGCCGUGGCUCUGACCAAUUUGGCCCAGGGGCAGAGCCACAUGGGGGACCAGAGCGGCAGCUGCACCGCAGGGCCCACUCUCACCAGCCGCAUCAUCCAGAAGUCUUCUCACAUUGCUGAGGUCCAGACUGUCAAAGUGGCCCUGGCCAACAGUGUGUAG